UGUUCAUCGGUGGAUGUGGCUGAAAUAAAUGAUAAAUAUACGUACAUUCUUCAUCGAAAUUAUAGUUUUUCAUGUCAUUUUGGGUGUAGAUGUCAUUCAUGGUGCCAAACAACCAAGGUCGGGGGUGAUACACAUGUUAGUUGGGACGUUGAACGGUUGGCAAGUCGCCUGCUGACCCGUCGCCCCUCUCCAGAGAAAAAUCUGAAAGUGCAAAAAUGAAGAAGUUGUUUUCCAAGUUUGACGCGAACAUUGCCCAAGAAAAUACAUUUCUUGGCAAAACUUUUCAAGUGGGAAGGUUUUCAGUGAGCGUGGAUGAUGUUAUAGCCGAGGGUGGUUUUGCUAUAGUUUUCCUGGUGAAAGCUCAAAAUGGCAACCGCUAUGCCUUGAAGAGGAUGUACGUGAACAGCGAACAUGACUUGAAUAUCUGCAAAAGGGAAAUUCAGAUUGCAAAAUCCCUUAGCGGACACAAGAACAUUAUUCGUUGUAUCGACUCUAGUAUUACACCGACUGGCAAUGGAGUUCACGAGGUCCUCAUACUUAUGCAAUACUGUAAAGGUUCUGUGAUCAACCAAAUGAAUGAGAGGAUUAACUCUGGCUUCUCUGAGGCGACUGUGCUGAGAAUUUUCUGUGAUAUGUGCGAAGCUGUGUCUCGGCUUCAUCAUUGUCAAACUCCAAUUAUCCACAGGGACUUGAAGGUGGAGAAUAUCUUGAUUGAUGAUAGUGGGAACUUCGUCUUAUGCGACUUCGGAAGUGCUACGGCAAAAUUUCUCAAUCCACAGACGCGUGGUGUGAAACAGGUUGAGGAUGAAAUAGCAAAAUAUACCACCCUGCCCUGUCGAGCCCCAGAAAUGAUAGAUCUGUACAGCGGGAAAAAUAUCACAACGAAAGCAGAUAUAUGGGCAUUAGGAUGUAUGUUAUAUAGAUUAUGUUACUUCACAUUGCCAUUUGGAGAGAGCUCCCUCGCCAUACAGGGUGGGAACUUCACGGUUCCCGACUAUACCAAGUAUUCUAAGGAACUGCUUGCUCUAAUUAGGUAUAUGCUGGAGGUAGAUCCUGAUAAUAGACCCGAUAUAUAUCAAGUGUCAUAUGUAGCCUUUAAAAUAACAAGGAGAGAAAAUCCAGUGCCCAAUUUGCACUCUCGCAGCAUUCCAGAUAUUUCACAACUUCCACUUCCCAUGACUGAAGCUGAUGCUAGACAAAUCAAAACGAAUACCACAAGGGCCGUACCUACGACUAUUGUGGAGAGUACAACAGUGAAGCCACGCCAGCGGCCUAAGGGCACGAUACCAAGUGGUGGUCUAGGUAUUCCUAUACAGACAACUGUUACACCGAGGAAGCGGCCUGUGGCUAGCAAUCCUCAGACACCUGUUGAAGUUCAAGCAGCCAUGCAGACGUUCCCUGGUGGCCAGGCGCCACACUUUCUAGCUGUGCCUGGUGCACCGGGCGUAACAACGAGUCCAAUGCCAAGCCCGAUGGGACCACCUUCAUCUCAACCUAUGCAGACGGCAACCACGCCUCAGCAGAGCAUGUACGCUCCACAGUUAGUCUCUCCACAACCGCCGGCGCCGCAACUAGUCUCCCCACAACCAGGCCUGAUGCCAAGUCCGCAUUCUGCUUUCCAUCAGUUCCAACCACAAGUCCAGGUUAAUUAUCAACAGAUGCCCUCUCAAGGAUAUAAUAAUCAUCAAAACCACACUGCGGUGACACCACAAGGACAGCAAAUGCAGUUUCCGCCAAACCAGCCGAUGUCGCAAAUCCCGGCGUUGAUGACGACAUCACAACCUUGUCCCCAGGCAGCUUUGUUUGGUAACACAUCAUAUCCAGAUCCCUUUAGACAAGAGAUGCCGACGGAUUCCCUCAUUCAGUUGGAAGGACGAUCACAACAGAUGGCUCACAAAGCACAAUUUGAUAUACCGUCACAGCAGACGUCACAAGUUCGUCCCCAAGGGAGUUCUCAGACGGACGGUGUAUUCAAAGCACCAUUGCCUCCUAAACCUCGUCCUCUUAGUAGACAGACGCCUGAUCUAGUGAUAUCUGUGACGCCACCAUCUUCACCAAAGCAUCGUACAGAACGUCAUCGCAGAAACGUCAGCGACACAUCGGCAAUCAGCGUCGAUAUGAAAAAUGCACCCAAAGUUAACUCUCCUAACAGUAACCCUAGUCAAUUACAGCCACCAAGUAAUUUAUCUGGAAAGUCCAAAUCAGCUUCCACCACCCCUACACACUCUCCUCCUAGAACUCCCCAAAGACCCCUGUCUGCUGAUAUUUCGGAAUGGAAUCCUUUCGGUGAUGAUAACUUUGGUUCCCUUAAUGAAGAUACCAUAUUUGGAAAGGAAUUUGAUCGUUUAAGACGUGGAUCCAAUAGUAGUAUAUCUAACGUGAAGAGUAGAGAAGAUUUAGUGAUGUCUAAUACAGAUUUCACAGAUCCAUUUGGUGCUGCCCCCUUUAAUCCUGCAGGCUAUAAAUCUCGACCAAGUACAAACGAAAGUGGACGAUCACAGAGAAGUGGCUCUUCAAGUUCCCGGUCCAGCGUUGGAGAUGGCUACACGAGGCUGAAAAGGAGUAGCAGUGACAAGGCAUUGUCUUCCCAAAAGAAGGAGCCGGAAUCUGUCCUUAACACGAGUUUCCAGAGCGAUCACUCCAAGUCGAGUAUGCGCUCACAUGAACUUUUCGGGGUGCUACGCGGGAAGGACCCGGACGACAAAUCGCGCUAUCAUCAACUUGUCGCAGGCGAGGAUUCUGACGAUGGCGUUACUGCGGAAACCCGGAGCGAACACAGCUCAACGUAUCCGCAUUCUCCAGAUUAUAGCUCCGAUGACGAAAUGGAGAAAACUGACACGUUGCCAGGAAAGUCUAAGAAACAUUUUAAUUACCAGGAAUUAGAUGAUGAGUAUGGGAGAAAAAACACGACAUUAGAAUACAAACCAGAGACUGAGCGUGGUCCGACUAUGCAGGCACGUUCUUUUGAUUUGCCUGAGCGGGCAGGGGUUAGUGUUAGUGGAGGUGGCAGGGGGAAUGCCAGUCGAGGAGGAGAGAGCCAUCAGGACAGGAUUGUUGGUCAUCAGUAUGGAGUGCGGCCACUUUUGGAUGAUGAUGAGCUCUCAGAUGGUCAUAAUCCUGUAAAGGAGGAAACACGAUCUGGCAUUGAUAGUGCCCUGAGUAACAGUGCUGGAAGUAGUGUACUCAGUGCAGCAUUGUCUCCUCCAGUGUCGCCACCUUUUGGAGGUGAAAAAUCGGAUAUUUUUGGAUCAGCUCCAUUCAAAAAGCCCACAUCUAUCAAGAAAAAGAAAAUGGUGAAGAAAGGAAGUAUUGCUAGUCCGGAUACUUUUGAGGGUUACCGAGGUGCUAAGUCUCCACCCUCAGCUACCACCUCACCACCAGUACAGUCUAGUCACACGUCAAGAGAACAUGUUGAUGUAUUUGGUAGUGCUCCGUUCAAGGCCAUCUCUCCUCCGUUAGCUGGUACACCAACUGCAGAACAGAGGAGCGGGUUUAGCCAGUUACAGCAGCGUGGAAGCAACAACCAUACCCCAACGUCUAGUACGCCAAUGUCACCUAUGCGCCCAGACCCGUUUGGAUCAGGGCCAUUCCUAGCUGGGUCUUCGAUGUCUGCACAGAUGACUGCAUCUGCUCAAAUGAUGCCCCCACAACGGCAAGCCAUUACGCCUCAAGACCAACUAUCUAAGCCUUCAUUUGCCCAGCAGGUGCAGCACCAGCAGAUGACGGUGCAACAAGAUAUGUUUGGGGCCACACCUUUCACAUCUAAUUUCCCUUCGCAGGCGUCUGGAGAGAAACGACGGACAUUCGGUAGUCAGCCUUUGCCCACAGAAACCAGUCAGUUAUUGCAACAAUCUAAUACUGGGUUUGCCAUGCAAAUGCAAGAUUUGGUAUCUCAACGUUUUCAUUCCAAGCACUUGGGCUCGCAAUCCAACGAUCAUAAUUCUGGUAGUGAUGAGAAGCCAAGUCCGCGGGGAUCAAUGCGCGACAAAAAAUCAAAAGAGAAAUCACAUGAUGAAAAUGUUGACUCUGGGUCGUUGAAGCGUAAAAUGAAAAAGAAAGGUGGCAAAGAGAAGGGUGCACAGGGGCAGGGAUUGUCGAAUAUGAGUUAUGAAGACCAAAACAGUGAGGAGGAUGGUUUGGAGUAUGGACAGUGGUCCAUCAAUACAAAUCCUGCUUUCUCCGAGGCAGACUCGAAUGAGGAGGAUGCAAGACUGCGACGAGGCGUAGGCAGUGAGGCUUUAAGGUUGAGUAAUAUGGCGAAUUAUGGACCAGAGAGCCAACACAUGAUGCGUGGUGGUGUUGGCGGUAGGAAAAUGAACCGCUCUGUUACCACCCCUGGCACAAGUGUGGAAGCUUUCACAGCCAGAAAGAAAAUGACUAGUCUAUUUAAGUAAGGUAGAAAUUACUGUGGUUCAGUUGCUGUGAUAUAGAAGUUGAUACUACUUUUUCCGAUCAAAAAUAUGUGCAUGCUUACAAUGCACUUUAUUGAUGAUACAUGAUAAAACAUGAGACCAAAUUUGAAAUGGCUGCUGUAUCCACUUCCAUGAAGCAUGUGACCAGAACCACAUCAGUUUCUGGCUUGGAAGAUACCAAAAAAAUCAUCAUUUGUAAAUAUCGCAUUUAGAUUGUUUGCUACAUCUGCUGAGGACUUGAGAUUAACCCUAUGAUUUCUAGAUAUGUUGUGCCAAUCACUCUAAAAAUACACGCUUACAUGUAACUUUGUUUUUAAUUACCUAGGUUCAAUUACUAAUUUGAAUAAGCCAAUUUUUUAGAUCAGUUCGGUUUGUGGGUUUGCCUUGGUAUAAAGGGUUAAUGUUUUUACAAAUCUUUUACUGAUUGGUUCAGAGAAAAACUUCUUGUAAUCUCUGAAGACCUGUUAUUGCCACAUCACACAUGUUAUUGCCAUUUAUGUCAAGACGUUAUUCCCAAUGAAAGUUUUGGUGAUAAUAUGUAUGCAACGCAAGAAUUUUAUUAAUUCUUGUUGGUGAUUAUAUGUUUGCUGACGUAGUCACCCUUUGAUAAACUGGCAUUUGACUUGUUUGCUGUUAAUUGAACCAAGAUAAUACAUGACUGUAUCCAAAUGUAAGGAGAUUAUUUUACAAUUUUUCUCCCUCUCAUGCUGUUGUUGCAAAGAUUGUAUUCAUGUUUUACCCAGUUAAUAAUAUCCUUUAUUCAGUUGUGACAUGAGAAGACAUAAUACUGUGUAUAAUUAGCUACUUGCAAUUCAUUCCUCUCUCUACAGUUAUAGAACCCAAGUAUAUAUGGACUACCAAUACACUAGUUUUGAUCUUAAAAAUUUCACCAUUUUAGUAGGAAUUUGAUGCAUAGACCGUUCAUAAUUACAUAUAGAAGCCUAUUCUUGAGUUUUCUGAGACAAAUUUUAGCACUGCGCAUUUCACUCUGUAUAUUAUAACAGCAUUUUAUACCGGUGUCUCUCGUAUUCUGAUAUUCAAUCUCUUGUAAAUCUAUGAAAUAACUCUUUAACUUUAAUAUGAUUGCUGCAAAUAAAUGCACAGCUGUUCUGUAUGUAAGGCCUGAACUUAAAUCUCAUGGGCACUUGAAAUUGUUUAUCAGAAGACAAUUUGCUUCGCUGUGAGGGACUUCCUAUUUCAAGCUUCUGUGGAAGACAUUUCCAAGUUCCUAUGAUUGUUCAUUAUCAUGCAUUUAUUUGCUCCUCCAUCUUCUUGGCAGAAUAAGUGGUACCAAAUCAUUAAACAAAUUGAUAGCAUCCAAUUCAUGUAACUUAUAGCCUAUGUGAUGAUGUAAGCAAUUUCUAAAUGUUUGAUUUGUAGUGGAAUAACCAAAAUAUUCAAUUCGGACAUACUGUGUGCAUGGGUUGAAGCUGGUUGAAAGGCACCUUUACAUUGGCCUAUUGCAGUUUUUUAAAAGUCUUACAGUAUUUGAAUUUUUGAAAUGUGAUGUCCAGGGUGUUGGAUGGUACUGAAAGGGGGUGACUUCGGUAGUUUGGACAUUUAAACAUGAUAUAGUACAUGUAAAUGGGUGUAGCUUUAUUUUCUUUGUCGAUUCCGGAUGCUCUGGUCUUGGAGAAGCUGUUGCAAAAACCUUAUGCUGCUAUGGUUAACAGAGUCUGUUGAGGGGUUUAAAGUGUUAAGACCCUCCUUCAUUAAAACUUUAUGAAUCUCUAAUGAGAAGUCUCAAAAGCCUAACUAAGAAAUUCUGUCUGCUAUAAUUUAAUGGGAUGGACAGCUCUGUUAGAUGGUGAAAUGAUUCAACUUGUUCGAUAUUGUAUAAACUAACGAAUAUGAUUAUCAAUUUAUGUACAUGUAUAAACAUUAUGUGAAUCCAAUAAGUAAAUAGAUGUAAAUAUUAUAUGAUGAAUACAAAAAUAUGUAUAUA